CCCGCACUGAGCGCCACGAGCCCGGCCGCCUGCCCACACUCGGCAUGGCAGCCAAGGGGGCCCGGCAGCGGCCUCGAUGGGGCGGCGGGGAUUCGGCGGCGCCCGCCCGGCAGCGAGACGAGGGUCCUCCUCCGCCGCAGACGCCCGCCGAGGAGAACAAAGCCGAAUCCUCAGGAACCAAAGCAGGUCACGUCUGGGCUCCGGAAGGAUCGACGGCUUUCAAGUGUCUAAUCUCAGCCAGGUUCUGCGCAGCUCUGCUAAGUAACAUCUCGGACUGCGAUGAAACCUUUAACUACUGGGAACCUAUGCACUACCUCGUUUAUGGCAAAGGAUUCCAGACGUGGGAAUAUUCUCCGGUUUAUGCCAUUCGCUCCUAUGCGUACCUGUGGCUCCAUGCUCUGCCGGCCCUCUUCCAUGCUAGAGUUCUCCAAACAAACAAGGUAACACGAAUCAGAGUCACAUGACCUGUUGUUGUUAGU